AUGAGUCCCACUUUACUUCAAAUCCCUGGAACUGUCCUUCAAGAAUCACCAAAUUCUCAUGAAUCAAUCAAAUUCUUAACCAAGGUGCUUAAUACAGGUUAUGAUGUUGUUAAACAUAAGUUCAACGUCAUUACAUCAACAAGAAUUAAGAAUGAAAACAUAUUUAUUGAAGAUCUAGGAAUCCAAGCUAAAGGUUCAUUUAUUUUGCUUCUUAUCCGAGAGUCAGAUGAAGAUUCAACAAAGAUUUUAAAAGAUCUUUCAAAUGGGGAUAUCAAUCAUGUAAUUGCUGAUAAUACAUUAUCAUUCAACAAUAUCGAAGAAUCACAAAUCCUUGGGACAAUUGCAGCAAAGGCAAAGCAUUUAGACACAUCAUUUGGAUGGGAAAUCACAGGAUUCACAUCAUUUGUUAAAGGUGUUGGUAAAUUUCUUAUAAAUCAAUUGGAAAUUAAAGCUAGACAAACAACUGAACCAAAAGUUGAUUCUUUAUUUGCAUCAGUAAUUGUUGAACAUCAAUUAAUUCCAUAUUAUACACAAUUUGGAUUCAUAGAGAUUGGUGAAAAGGUAUUAUUGAGAAUUGAUGAGAAUGGUAAAGUUAAAGGUGAAGCUUUAGAAGAUGGGAUAUAUGCUACAAGAGAUUUCCAUGUUGGACUUUUGAAGAAAACAAUAGAGUAUGUAUAG